GUCAGCUGUAAAUCGUAUCUCGUAGAAAAUGAUGAAAGUCGUGCUCCUCGUCUUGGCUCUUGUCGCCAUCGCCGCCUGCUCUCUGGACGUCAUUCCCCACUACAGCCACCAUGGCCAUGGUCAUGGAAUCAGCACCAGAUACUUCAGAAAAGCACAAGGGCAUGGAUAUGGAUUAGGAUAUGGUCUUGGAUACGGAGGAUAUGGUCUUGGAUAUGGAGGAUAUGGCCUUGGAUAUGGCGGAUACGGAUACGGUGGUCUUGGUUAUGGUGGCUAUGGAUAUGGCAAUCUUGGAUAUGGUGGAUAUUUCUAAAAGAAUCAUGGAAUUCGGCCUCUUUAAAGUUUGAUGGUGGAAUUCGAGAAACA